AUGCACACCCCUCGAGCAGCUCUCACCACCCUCCGCCCCUCCCUACUUCGCCCUUCUCUCCCCGUCGUCCGGGUCCCCUCCCCGUCCCCCACCUUCCCCUCCUCGUCUCUCUCCCUCCUCCGGACCCGCGCGCUGGGCACCUCGACCCCCUCACAGGCUGUAAAGGACUUUGCGAGUGCCUUUCUGCAUGGCAGCGAGGAGUUGAAGGAGGAGGCGAGGGCGCAGCAUUCCAAGCUGGUGGGGAGGAACAAAUACGUCCACGAGUUCCAGAAGCACAAGAUCCUCCCUCAACACGUCGAGCAAUACAAAGAGCUCAUCGCCGGCUACUACAAAGGGAUCCACGAGUCGCCAGAGUUCGACGCCCGCCUGACGGGCAGCUUCGAGGUCGUCGUCGGAGAGGUCGAUACGAUUGUGCAUGUGUUUGAGUACCAGGGAUUUGAGGGGUUUGAGAGGCAGAAGCAGGCGAUCAGGGAAAGCAAGGGCCACCUCCAGUUCUUCAACAAGGAGAUCCUCCCUCUCAUCCAGUCGCGCACCUCGCAACUCAACAGCGAAUUCAAGUUCCUGCCCGCGAUGGGCCCGCAAGAGCGUGGCGGGGUCUACGAGCUGCGCACUUACGACCUCAAGCCCGGAUCUUUGCUCGAGUGGGAAGAGUCGUGGAGGGUUGGGUUGGAGGCGAGGAUCAAGGCGGGUCAUUCGCCCGCUGGAGCGUGGUUCAGCCAAGUCGGCCAGCUGCACCAGGUGCACAUGAUGUGGCACUACGACUCGCUCGAGCAGCGCCGGGACCGGCGUUCUCGGUCGUGGGAGCACCAGCAGUGGGCGUCGACGGUGGCGCGGACGACCAAGCUGUGCAACGCGAUGCACACCAACAUCCUCAAGCCCUUGCCGUUCUCGCCCCUCCGGUGA